AUGCCUUCGUCUAUCAUGGACACCGAGAAGGAAGCCGACUUCCGACACUACGAGCAGAAGUUCAAUACCAAUACACAUGCGGGUCGCGAUCAUGGUCUUCCCGUGGAAGAUCUGCUCAGCAAAGCAGAUAUUUCUGCUUCAGCGCCACCACCGGGUGAAAAGGAAGACAAGGAAACCAGACGUAUCAUGCGCAAGAUCGACAUCCGGUUACUCCCAGUGCUUGCCAUUAUCUACUCCUUUGCACUGAUUGAUAGAGUCAACCUCCCGAACGCCCGUAUCGCUGGAAUGGAUGGGGAUCUUCAGCUAUCUGUUGGUUCUCGUUACUCCCUGGUGACAAUGAUGUUCUUUGUGCCUUAUAUUAUCUUUCAAUUUCCUGCUAAUAUCAUGAUCCGAAAGCUCGGGGCUGGGAUUUGGCUACCUAGUCUUGUCGUUGCGUGGGGAGCGCUAUGUAUCGGCAUCGGGUUCACAAAUCGCUGGACCGAGCUUUUGGGCUGCAGGAUUCUGCUAGGGAUUCUGGAAGCAGGAUACUAUCCUGGUUGUGUUUUCCUGCUGAGUUGCUGGUACGUCAGAUACGAAGUACAAAAGAGGUUCAGCGCCUUCUACCUUCUAGCACUCCUUGCUUCAGGAUUCUCGAACAUUCUGGCCUGGGCCCUAUCACUCAUGGAUGGAAUUGGCAACCUGGCAGGCUGGCGGUGGAUAUUCGUUAUGGAGGGCAUCAUCACAUGUGUUCUGGGACUGAUGGGAUAUGUUUUGAUUGUGGAUUUUCCAGACAAGAGCACAAGAAUACAUCCCAUCACUCGCAAAGCUUUCCUUACUGUGGACGAAGCCAAAACUGUCCUCGGCCGAAUCGAAAGAGAUCGAGGCGAUGCAGUGGUGGACAAGCUCACCUUUCAGACGAUCAAACAGCACCUGCGCGAUUGGAAGAUCUGGGAGUACGCCUGGCUAUAUUUGCUCAACAAUACCGUGGCGUAUAGCUUCGGCUUCUUCUUGCCCAUCAUUCUGAGGACGGAAAUGAAUUAUUCUGUGACGCUCAGCCAGGUAUUGUCAUUCCCUCCAUACGCUGCAGCUUGUCCUUGGAUGUUUGCCACGGCGUGGGUGGCCGAUAGGUAUAGGAAACGUGGAUUGAUAUUGAUCUUCAACUGCGCGGCUGCCAUACUUGGAGUCGCCAUGAUGGGUUUCAUCAGAUCUUCCCCAGGUGCUAGGUAUACAGGUGUGUUCUUGGCUGUCUGUGGGGCCAACGCAAAUGUCCCGACGAUCUUGUCAUAUAUGCACAACAACAUCGUGGGCCAAAUGAAGAGAAGCAUUGCUAGUGCAUUACUUAUUGGUGGUGGAGCUAUGGGAGGUAUUGCAGCUUCAAACAUCUUCCGACAACAAGACGCGCCUCAAUAUGUUCCGGCGCUCAUCACGGUGAUCUGCACGCAAGCAUUGACAAUUCUGCAUGUACUGAAGAACUUUUGGAUAUACUCCAGGUACAAUGCCAAGGCAGACAGAGGUGAACUUUUGCUAGAGGGUCAGUCAGGGUUCCGACAGACAUUGUAG